AUGGAGCUUUCCCUCAUGUACGACAUCAUGUACACCAAGGCAGCCGUUGUCCACACCGGGCUUGGUUACGGCAUCCGUGUCGCCUCGCCGCUCUUCACCGCGGCUGCGCUCUCGCUCUUCUGGCUCCAUAGUAAAGAUGGCCAGAGGAGGGCAGAUGUUAUUAUCACUUACAUCUUGCUGGUUGCAACCUUGGUCCUGGAUGUUAGAUGUCUGCUCGGAGCACUAGCCUCGACGUGGACAUAUGCGUUCAUCAAUGACACGUCUUGGCUAAAUAGUUGUGUAGGAAGAUGGCAUGGGCUCCGAAGCUUCGUCGUGUCCCUUGACCCCUCUCGACUCUUGGUCGAGGAGCCAACUAGCUACAGGAGGUGGUCGGGAACCAUCGGGAGGCACAACCUCUUCCGUGCCUGCACUCAUGAAACCACCACCAGCCUACUCAGCCGAGUGGUUAAAUUUGUUGCAACUAGGAGCCUUUGGAUGGAAUACCAGUACGGGUACCUGGAUGGCCUUGAAAUCCUGCCGGUCGUGGGGGACUUGUUGUUCGAAAAGGUAUGGGAAAAGUUGAAGUCACCUUUCGAACCAAAGCAAUACUACUAUCCGGGAGUGGCAGAAGCGCCGAAGAAAGAAGAGCCAGAGCCAGAGCUCGUGGGCGAUCCGGGAUUUGGUUUCGGGAUUCGUAGGAAAGUAGACGAAGCUCUUGAGAUCGGCUCUGAAUUCCAAGAGGUCGUCCUUACAUGGCACAUUGCCACAGAGGUUUUUCUCUUAUGCAGGCCAGGACAUUUAGCAUCGUUCACGCACGUGAAGGCAAUAAGAGAGCUGUCAAGCUAUAUGAUGUUCGUCGUGGCUGUUCGUCCACACAUGCUACCAGGCCUACAUCUCGCUAGCCUGUAUGAAGCAACCCGUGACGCUUUGAAGGAAAUUUGGCAUGGCAAUAAGAGCAGCCAUUGUUCUACAAAGAGAGAGAACGAGCUCGCCAACAUCCUGCUAUACAUGGAGGAGACGAGGCCAGGCAGUGAGCCUGAUAGUAGAAGCAAGCUCUACGACUCGAACGCUAUUCUCUCGGACGGAACUCAGUACGCCAGGCUCAUGCUAAGACGGCUCAGUACCCCGAACCAUCCCAACAAGAAGGAGAGCUCCAGUGAUCUGCCAAAGCAUUAUCAGCUGCCGGACUUGUGGUAUGGAGGAGUAUUGGAUCUGCAGGAGAUGUUGGAGCGCAUCCUGGACGCCUGGGUGAGGUUGCUCAUCUAUGCGUCCAUCCGAUGCAGCCGGGAUUCCCAUGCCAAGCAGCUUGGCAGGGGAGGUGAGCUCACCACCAUCGUUUGGAUCCUUGCAGAACAUGCCGCCAUAGAUAAAAAAACACGACACGAUUGA